UACGCAACCUCCGUGGGUGACGUCAUUCAAGAUGGCAGCGUUGGCGUCCUUGAUGCUUAGGUCCAGAGCAGGUUUGUUGUCACCUGGUCAGUCUGUUCUCCUGGACUCAGUGAGGUUUGCGUCUAAGAAGGCUGGAGGAAGCAGUAAAAACCUCGGAGGAAAAAGUCCUGGAAAGAGAUACGGCUACAAGAAACAGGAUGGAAACUUUGUCCAUGCGGGUAACAUCCUCGCAACACAGAGGGUGAUAAGGUUUCACCCAGGAGCUCAUGUCGGGAUGGGAACCAAUAAGACGCUAUACGCCCUUGAAGAUGGCCAUGUCAGGUUCACCAAAGAGGUCUACAUCCCGCCACCUCGCAGCCCAGAAUCCACACAGGUCAUCACCAAACUGCCCAAAGGAGCUGUGCUCUACAAAACCUUCAUCAACGUACUUCCAGUCAAACAGGAGGGAAAGUUCAGACUGGUGGACAUGGUCUAAAACUGACAGGACUCCGUUAGAAAUGAGAGGCUCCCCAAGUGUUUAUGAAUUUAACGGGGCCAUGAAGGAUUUCCUGUGAUGGAUGCCUCUCACUGACUUCAGGAGAUCUGAGUGAAGAGGAGAGAGGAGUCUGAAAAUUUCCUUGGCUUGUUGUCUGUUUGUGUCACAUUUUUGUGACAUGAUUUUCUGGACUUUAAUGGUAAAGUUUGACUCUGUGGUACAAUUUUUGGAUUUACACAAUAAACAGGACAGAAAAAAAGAAGAACUAGGAAUAUAUGCCAGCUAAAAUGUACAUAUGUUUAGUGGAUUUAUUUCCCAGCUCUAACACACCAUUGUUCCAACAAGGACACAAAAACCUUGUGUUUAUUGAGUCAUGUAGACUCUGAAGUAUUUAAAACAGGCUCACAUAUGAAAAAAAAAUCACAGUGCUGUCCUUUACUCACCACAGUCAUCCAGGUCAUCUUAAAUGAACUUAGGAGUCAUUUCUGUCAUGCAAAUGUGUGCUGUAUGUACUGUAAUAAAGUUUUAUACAUUAAAAUCUGGACAUUUGAUGAUUUUCA